AAAACAGAGGGGGCCCUGCGCUCUACUCUGAAAUGGAGGUGUGGAUGUGACGCAGGCGCAGUAGCUUCACAACUAUCCAGUCCCGUCCUCAAGCACAGACAUCAACAAGAGAGCGGGUUUACUGAUGCGGGUUCGUUUUCCCUAAUACUUACGCCACUACGACGCUCUUCAGGGAUACUUGCUUUGUGUCAGCUUCACCAAACUUCCAACAAGAUGUUUGGCUUUCAUAAGCCCAAAAUGUACCGGAGUUUGGACGGCUGCUGCAUCUGCCGGGCCAAGUCCUCCAGCUCCCGUUUCACAGACAGCAAGCGCUACGAGAAGGACUUCAGGAGCUGCUUCGGGUUGAGUGAAACCAGAUCAGGAGAAAUCUGUAACGCCUGCGUCCUCCUUGUGAAGCGAUGGAAAAAGCUUCCAGUGGGAACCAAGAAAAACUGGAACCACGUUGUUGAUGCCAGAGGAGGCCCCAGCCUAAAGAUAACAUCCAGGCCCAAGAAAAUCAAAACCAUCACCAAGAAAGCUCGGCCGAGCCAGAUCAGCAGGCUGCAGAAGGAGCUGAAGAGAAACACACGCUCCUGUGCUUUGCUCUGCUCUCCAGACUCAGAUGCCCACAGCACAACCUCCAGUGCCUCUCCGGCUCAGUCUCCCAGCUACAGCAACCUGUCCGACGACGGAUCCGACACCGAGCUGAGCCCCGGGUCCAGCCGCUCCCCAGUCUUCUCCUUCCUGGACCUCACUUACUGGAAGAGGCAAAAGGUAUGCUGUGGAAUAAUAUACAAGGGCCGAUUCGGGGAGGUGCUCAUCGACCCCCAUUUGUUCAAACCCUGCUGCCGCAACAAGCAGCGACAGCAGCAGCAGCAACAGCAACAAGAGGAGGAGGAAGACGAGGAGGAGGAGGAAGAGGAGGAGGAGGAAGAGGUCGAGGUAGAGGAGGGUCAAGUGGGGGUGGAUAAAUCCCACGUGGAGGAAGAGGUGGUUAAGGAGACGCCUACGGGUGAGGAAAAUGCAGAGCCUGCUGAGCUAUGUGUGACAGCGCCUCCAGCCAGGAGCGGGGAGGUGAUGGAGGAAGGCUGGUGAAGCAAAGAACCCAGUUUUUUUUCUCCUUCAUUUGGCGACGUUCUGGAGAAAUCUCGGGAUGGAUUUUGUUUGAAAAAAAUGUUGCUUCUUUUUUUUUUUUUUUUUCCCCUCCCCCCCCCCCGAGCACUUACAGAAAGUAGUUGCCUCAGAUUGCCUUCAGUCAAAAAAGCAGCUAAAACAUCUUUGGUCUUCUCCAUGAUAAUGCUGGAGGAUUGUUCAUUAUUAUGGUUGAACUGUAACUUAUGGACUUCUAUGUUCUUUCUGUAUUUUAUUUUAUUUUUAAUUUUUUUUGUUGUAUUUGAUAUUUUUAACCAUGCUGAUGAUGGACCAUCAUCUGUGGUGUUACUGAUCUACUUUUGAUGAAAUGCUGGAGCUCUUGUUUGCUGGUACAUUUUGCAGAUUUUAUUCCAAAACGCAAUACAUCCGCUUCUUGACAGGAAAAAAAAAAGAAAAAAGAAAAAAAAAGGUGCUACUUGAAAUUUAUGACUCAACGUUUCAAACAUCAGAACCCUCUCUCACUGUGGAUAUCUUCUAAGCUAACAUAUUUAUGCCUGAUACAGGUGCAUCUCAAUGGGCUAGAAUAUCAGCGAAAAGCUCAUUUAUUUCAGCAGAUGAAUUCAGAAUAUUAUUAAUAUUUUAAUUUUCAAGAUUACGGCUUGCAGAUUAUGAGAAUUUACAAUUUAGUUUUGCAAAAAAAAUAGAGUAUUUCAUAAGACCAAUACAAACAUAUGUAUGUAGAGUAUUUGCACUCAGUAAUCUGGUUGGGGUUCCUCUUCCUUAAAUUACUGCAUUAAUGUAACUUAUCUUCUUUUUUGUUUUCCUUUUCCCCUUUUUUUCCCAGGCACCUUAAUUUUUAAAAUCCAUAAUCAACUUUUAUACAAUAUGAACAGUCCAGUCUGAAGAAACUCUAAAACUGAAUGUUCUUUAAACUCUUGAAUAAGAGUCAUCUCACAAUUCCUUCAAUGCUGCAGUUAUUUUAUCAUUUUCAGCUAAACUUUUUUCUUCCACUAAACUUUUAAUUGAUAUUUUUUUAUUUAAGACUUUGGUGAUUUGCCUACCUCAUGUGGGAACUCCAACUAUCUGCUGGACAGUUGUUUCGUCAGCAGUUUUAGGAUUGCGUAUUCCAGAGCACAACAUUCCUCUGAUUAUCAUCCAUACUUUAUUUAUUGGUCUUAAGACAUUUUUUGAUUUUUUUUUUGAGGAACAUAAUUUUGGGUUUUCAUUUGCCGUAAGCCAUAAUCUUCAGGAUUAACAGAAAUAUAUGGAAUCAACCAAUGUAUAAAUUUUCCUUUUUCAUCUGAAUUACAAAAAUAAAUGAACUUUUUGAUGAUAUAAGUUAUUAAGCUACACCUGCAUUGUGAUAGUCUUUAAUUUAUAAAAAGUAGACCUUCCUCUUGUUAUUUUUGGAAGUUGUUUUGGAGCGAUUGAUACUUUUACACUGACGCAGCACAGACAUGUACAGCGGCCCCUGUGUUUCUCAGUCUUUUCACAAUGAUGUCCCCUCCUAUCAGAGGUUUUUCUGUGUGUGUAUUUGUUAGAACGUCUGUGUGCAAAUGUAGAUCCAUUGAAAUAAGGCCUAUUCACAAUCUCAACAGCAACUACACCAGCCUUAAUUGUGUGUCACAGACAGUGCUAGUGUUAAUCAUGGAUUGGUAUUAAGGAACAAAACAAAAAGGGAUAGUAGCUAUAUUUAUUGUGGCCUCAGCAACACACAGUGCAUUCUGCAUGAAUGGCAAGCUCACUCACCCAAGAGACCUGAAAUACCCUGAUGCAUGAGUCUUGGAAAUUUUAGCAUGGCCUUACAGAAACUGUAAAUCUUGCUUUUUUUUGUUUUUGUUUUUUGAUCCGUUUCUCUGAAGUUGUAACUUAUUUUUGUAUGUAAAGAAAAGACAUAGGGGAAAGGAGAAAUAGUGUCUUUGCAUAAUAAUAUCUCACCAAACAACAGCAAAACACAAAAAAUGAUCAGUUUAUAGUCAUUCAGCAAUACCAAUAUCAGUAAUCUCUGUCAUUCCUGGGUCAGUUUAUGGUAAAAGUCUUUAUACAAGCAGAAAUUCUAUGCCAUUGCCUCUAAUAUACCACAAAUGUGUUGUGAUGUAUAGCCUGAUAAUACUUUAUUUAUCAAUCGAAAGCCAAAGCACAUUGAAAUUCACCCAAUGUCAAAUCAAUGCAGGUUUUCUAUGGACACUUGUGCUUGUCCGGGCCAUUUGUAUGUAUCUCUAUGGUAUUCUUAAAAACACACAAAAAAACAAAAUAAAAACAAAAAAAUUUAAUGAAAAAAAAACAAGAAGAAGAACACUAAUAUGAAAUUUCAUACAUAUGAUGUUGAUCAUGUGGAGCUGUGAGUUUGAUAUGUAAAUAAAAGGGCCGGGUGGGUCGAAUGGCUCUCAAAUACACGUUUCAUUAUUUAUUUAAUUCAUAUUUAUUUGUAUCCCGGCUUAGAAGUGUUGUUCUAGAAAUCCUUUUCAUUGUUAGCUUUUCAUCUUUGGGAAUGUGAUUCCGACACACGCUCCAUCUGAAGCUGUGUUGGAUCGAUUUUGCUUGUUUUUUUGUGCAACUAUUUAUUUGCUCAUCAGCUGACUUGCGUGCAACCUAACUUAUACUGUAUCUCCACUCUGCAUCUGUAUCAUGUAGACUGUAACGACCGGUAGACUGCAGCCGAACUGUACAUCUCCCUCUUUAAUCUUAUAGCUUACAAAUGUUAAAGUAGUAGGAAACCAUUGUAGGAUACCUAAACUCUAGACUUGCAUGUACUGUUGCUAUGCAUUUACUUAGCUUACAACUUAGACAAAGCGUUUUUUGUAUUUUUUAUACAUCAUGUACUUUUUUUACUUGUCCCUUAAUAAAAGUAAUUUUGUGAGUUUUA